GGUAAUAUAAAAGAAAGCUCACUAAAGUAGCAACUCUGCAGCGACCCAUAGAUACAACCCUGAGGGUGGCUGUAAUACACUUGCCACUACAUGAGUGAAUGCAAAGAAUACUAAAAAACAAGGCGGUCCGUGAAAUAUAGGGGAAAUUAGUUGCAAAAAGAAGAUUAAUAAAUCAAAACUUGGAAUUAACUUAUUUCAAUGUUAGGUAUUAACUUUAUUACAAAUGGACGAGGUUGAAAUAGAUGGUGAGGAUUUCAAUGAGCUUGAGGCUAAGCUAUAUGGUCAAAUACACCAUGAUGCUGUUGAUUCGACAAUGGCAGACGUAAAUAAUACAACUCAAUGGGACCCGCAAGCACAGGAAAAACAGAGAAUGGAGCGCGUUGUUACAGAAAGAAGUGUUAUUUACCGACUUGCUAAAUCCAGCCAAGUGCCCGACACACGCUAUUGGGUGCACAACAACAAAUGUAUAAAAAGUGUACAUCAAUUAAAAACCACUGAGAAAGAAAAAUCUGCCGAUUUUAGUGAGAAGCAGCCUGACAGUAAUAAACCAGUAUCCGCAGAACAUCAAAGUCAUAAAAAUCAAGUGAAAAUUAAAAUCCCUGAAAGAAAUAACACUGAAGAUAAUAAUUUACGGAUAAAUCCGGCAGCGGUAGUUUUAAACUCGAAGCCAUUUCAAAAAAACAGAAAACAAAAAAAUAUUCCAUCUGCAGUGUCACGAAGUGGUCCAUUUACGCAACAGGAAAAUAAAUUGCAAAAAGCCAUUUUGGUUCAGGCUAAAAAGCUCAAAUCAAAAAAUGUUCGUAAUAAAAAGAAAAAGCAACAACAGCGGGUUGAAACAAUUGUAUUAGAUUCUUCUUCUGACGAAAAAAGUGGAUCAAAUAGCUCUGACGAUGAUGUAGUUUUAAUACCAUCGAAGCCUCCACCACUUAUCACACUUUCUGACAGCGAUAAUGAAGGCUCCAAAAUUCAACUAGAAGAGGAAAAUGCUUUGGAUGCUUCUGAUGUUGUAGUGAAUAGUAAAACUAAACAACCCGAUUUUACAAAGCCAAAUGAUAAAUGUAACAAUUUUACGCCAGACGUACCCGAAAAAACUGCUGACCCAAUCUCUAGUCGCUGCACUUCACCAUGUUCUGUGUUAUCAUCGGAUGACUUUAUUGGUCAAAACGACCGUUGUCGCUUGCUAGAAGAUAAUUGCAUGGCGGAUGACCAAGAUCUGGUUUUGCUAACAGCUGAUGUUAGCAAUCUAGUACCUCCUAAACGGAAUCAGAACUCUUUGACGGAAGGGAGAGACGCUGCUCGCUAUGAUUCUUCUUCGGAGGAUGUUAUGUGUACCGCGGAAUUUACUGCACCUUUGACAAACUCCAUUGCUAAUGCACAAACUGAUUGUUCCAGUUCUAAGAAAGAACAAAAUUAUCGUGUGGAAAAAACGGAUUUUAGAGCAUUGGAUGUUUAUGAAAGUGAAUCUGACAUAACAGAUAGUGUUUAUUCUAAAGGCACAGGACAUUCGAGAACAAUUGUGAAUGCAAUUUAUAGCAGCUCAGAGGCAGAUGAUGUGCAAAAAACAGUAGUUAAUCAAAAAGCGAAACGCUUUUGUAAACGACGAACUUCCAGCAGUAACCGAGGUUCUGAUGUUCAUAUUAAUGAAGAAAGUACGGAUGAUGACUUGGAUGACGGUGUGACUAAGACGCCUAUACCAUUUAUUUUGCGUGGCUCUGCAGUAGAGCGCUGCAACAAGAAGUUACGCAACCUAUUGUUAAGCACUCGUCGGUCAUCAGUCGGUGCUGCCGGCAACACGGGUGGUAAUAUGUCUGACAACGAAUUCAUAGCAACAUUAAAUAGCUUGGUACAAGGACGUGGAAGCAAGGCGAAUAAUAAAAUGGAUGAAACAAAAAAUAACGGAGAUGAAAGUACGAGUGAUCCGCACAUUGAAGACGUGGAGAACGUGGAGCAAACUCAAAAAGAGAAAACGUUACCAGUAAGUGAGCCUAACCAAGCGAGUAUGCAAUCCGUUCAAUCAGUUGACAGUACUCCACCACUGCAAAGUAAUAUCGAGGCUGUGCCUGAUAAAGCAAUGGCUAGAUUAGAUAGGAGAGAAGAGCAAAAUCAAAAAAAGGAAACGUUACCAACAACUGAGCCUGACCAAGCGAGUAUGCAAACCGUUCAAUUAAUCGAUAGUACUCCACCACAGCAAAGUAAUACCGAGGCUGUGCCUGACGAAGCAAUGGCUGGAUUAGAUAAGAUUUUUGCUUCUAUAGAUAAUAUAUGUGCACCAAUGUUAAAAAAGAAAACAGAUGACUCAAACUCGGAAGAUAGUUCAGAAAAUGAAGUGGAAAUUAUUACACCCAUAGUGCCAGUAUCGAUUGAGCUAGAACGAAGAGAUGACCAGAACGUCUUACCCAUCUACCAUAUUGUCUAUAAUGAACAUAACUCGCAACCGGGUGGCGUUGGCUGGAAUGAAGAAAUGAUGAAAUUUUAUAAUCUUUCUUGGCAUGGUGAAAAAUUUACACUAGUUGGAGCACUAAAUGGAAUGGAAAGGGACCGAAAACUAUGGAAAAUUUACUCUGAGGAUAAAUUCCCUAAGAUACGCCCGUAUAGUAAUUUAAAAUGUUUCAACUGUUGUGAAUUUGGCCAUACUCGCGCUAAAUGCAGACGCCCGAAAAAACCCACAGUUUGUUACAUGUGUGGGGAAAGCGGUCAUUUAGAACCGCGUUGUCCCAACACGAUUUGUUUAAGGUGCGGAAAUAAAACUCAAGUCUUUACGAAAAGUUGCAAUGCUUGCACAUUCCAAAAUCGGCUUAUUUGUCCGAUUUGCAAAGUUCGUGGGCAUUCGAUUAAUCUCUGCCCUGAUAAAUGGCGUCGUUACCAUUCCACGACCCAACCCAAUGCCCAGCCUAACAGUCAACUUGAGCUCAAUAAGCGUAAAAUGUGUUGCGUCUGCGGAGGUAAGGGACAUUUCUCCGACACAUGUCGCAGUGCAGUUCGUUUUAUGGAAUAUCCAAUUAUUGUCAGCCAUGUAAAAUCACAUCAAAAAUCAUAUAGUGACAUGCUGUUUAAAUCUCCACGCUCUGGAAUUGCCCUCAAUCUUCUGUAUAGACCCGGAGAUGCAGUUGUUUUUCAUUUGGCUGCAAAAAGUGAACGAAACGGUUAUUAUGAACGCUUCUUGAAAGCAGUUGGUUUGGGCGGUAUGUUAAAACGAAAACGACCGAGUAAUUGUUUGUCAGUUUCGCAAAAUCUGUCUAAGAAAGCUAAGAAUCUCUCUGGUCAUUACGAACCGAACCCGUACGGUAAAGUAGCAAGAGAAGGCGUCCAAUCUACAGAUAAAUCUCUUAGACAGGAUGUAGUAACAGCAGAGGCUCCAAAUCAGGUGCAGGAAGUGAGUGGUAGUGUGACCACGACAGAAGUUGUGUCGACGGCAGGAACAGAGUACUUUCGCUCGAAAAGUAUUAAUUCUGAAAUUGUACAAAAGGGACAAAGUAACAAGGCCAAUGUCCGCGUUUCCCAAAUUAUGCCAGAAACUGAUGCUGGUGAAAACUCAUUAAACAUUGAAAAUGAGUUUAAGACACCAAGUGAAGUACCAGCUACUAUUACUGCUUUGCAAAGGUCUCAGAGCAAAGAUAACUUAACUGUAGAUUCAGACUCCAAUUAUAGUUUCUCAGAUCAUUUCGAGAUACCACCAACAGCUGUUAGUACACAAAAUCCACCACUUACUGAAGAAGAAGAAAUGGAUGCGCAACCAUCUACGUCCGCUGCCGCUAAAGGCAAACGAUCAGUGAAACCGGUUCGUGAAAUGGAGCCAUUGCCAGACUUUAUACCGUUAGCAGAUAACAGUGAUGUGAACAUGGGCGAAAAAUGCGAUCACUUUGCCACACAUACAGGCAUAUCACGACGUUUUGUUGCUGCAGAUACUGACGAUGAGAAUGGAGAUGAAAACAAAAAAGAGCAAAAUUCACCGUGUGAAGCUAAAGUUUACCUCACACCUUUUCAUAGCAAUUAUUUGUUAUCACCAGCCGGUCAUGACUUCUUGGUACAAAAAUCCAAAGAGUGUAAUAUCAAAGCAAGGCUCGACUGGACAUCUGUCGGACAUGUUUUGGUCAUAUUUGGACUUGCCUUUGAUCAGGACACGUUUCACAAAGCCCUACUCGAAAAAUGUCACGAAUUGAUGGACCAAAUGAAUAAUAAACAAUUAAGUGGUAUCAAAGUGCCCAAACGCAUAGACGCCUUGAUUCGUUUUCUACGUGAAAAUAUCUCCCAGUUGCAGAGCGACUUAGGUGAUGUAAAUGAUUUACAAAAGCGCAUUAAGAAUCUAGAGAAGACGCAUACUAAAGCAAAUAUGAAACUGGCGGAAAAAUUUCGUCGUUUGCUCAAUAUGAUAUUAUUGGGCCAAGCUGGUCUCUGCGACGGAGACAAGCAUUUGGACAAACUCUUAAUUAAUUUGAAAUCGCUUAUCAAUGAUUAUCAAGCUGAAAAUAUGGUACCACAAUCGCUACGCGAAGAAAUUGAUUCACACUGCAAGGUGAUCUUUACUUCGUAUCGGCAUGAUAAUUAUCCGGAACUUAUUCAGACCUACAACAAGAUGUCGAAAAAUGAAAAACUUUAUGUAAAUAUAGAUCCAUUGUUAUUGGGGCAAAAAAUGCUAGAUGUAAGCCUAACACCUGAGCAAAAAUUACGACUGGAACAAUCACCAGCGUUAGUGCCUUUAGCACAACAGAGCAAUCCAACAUUAACUCCCAGGAAAUCUACUGAAAACAACGUGUCUAAUUCACCUUUCGCCGCAAAGUCAAGAUUUCCCACGAAACAAAAGGACUUAACACAGCCACCAGUGGCACAAGCUACAAUAACCAAUGAAUCUGUGUUCGUAGCGAAGGGCAAAAACAGACCACAAAACACUACAAUAAUUGAGACCACGGCAGAUGAUACAAAAGAGAAAUCGAAUAUGAAUACACCAGUUAAGAGGCACCAUAUUGUCCCGCCACCAUUCAUAAACCCCCAACAAAAAUCUACAGUUAUUACAAAAGUUAAAGAAGCUAUACAGAAUCAGCAGCUUGCAUUUAAUGAUUUAGUGCGUAUCAAUAAUAACGCUUCAGCUGGAGGGUAUGGGAGAGCUCCUUCAAAGGGUCCUUCGGUAUUUUGGUCUCGCGAAUCAUUGCGUUAUUUAGAUGAAUGCAUUCGCAUGGCUGAAUCAAAUGCGGAGUUGUUGCAGAAGUUGCAGCGCAUACAGACAAAAUCGCUAGAAGGGUCGCUUUCAUAUAAUGAUUAUCGCGCUGUAAUUAAGUUACACGGCGCCAUGGUGGGAAAUUAAAUUUAAGAAAUGGACAAACACAAACUGAUAUGACGAAACGGAUGAUUGAUGACUUUGCAGAAUAUCGAGAAUAUAUGUAUAUCUGUAAAAUUUCCGAGCGAAUUCAUUAAAAUAAUUGUGUGAUUGUACAAAAUAAUAUUUGUACCAAAGCUUGGAAGGUUUAAGGCGUAGUGACACUUUUUCUUUUAAAGGAAUAAAAACUUCACAGACAUAAAACAAAAAAAAAAAAUAUUAAAUAAAACUGAACAAAGAUAUAAAAUACAA